GUUGCCAAGGAGCUCCACUCUAGGAGCCGUCUAGAGCCCGGGCGCCUCCUGGGGGGUGGGGAGACGGUUUCACGAGGAGGAUUUGAGGUAACCUCGCCAACUUGCGGUCGGAAACUCCCCUGAACCCCGAAAUAGGAGAGUGCUCCCGUCCUCUCUUGAUCCCGAUGCAGCACCUCCCAAGUGGAAGGGGUCGUCGCGGUUAAGCCCUCGGAUAGGGGAUCGGGGCCCUGCUGGGAUUCGCGCGGAUCCAGGCCGCUCCCGAGCUGGAUGUGCUGUCGAGCGGCCCAGGGCAGCCCCGGCCAGAGGCCCGGUUGGGUGUGGGGUCCCCUGUCCCGAGCUCGAGGAGGGGGACACUAUUUCUGGGACUCCCAGGAGGCUGCGGGUCGGCGCUCGUGCCAGCCUGGGACCCGGGCAGCACGGUUUCUGUCACAAAUUGUGCCAGAGAACACGCACGUCCUGGUUUUCAUUGUUCCCCGCCCCCUGCGACUCUUUUGUGGUUAAAAUUAUAAGACCUAAUUAUGAGUGAUCAAAUUAAAUUCAUUGUGGACAGUCUCAAUAAGGAGCCCUUUAGGAAGAACUAUAAUUUAAUCACGUUUGAUUCCUUGGAGCCAAUGCAACUAUUACAAGUUCUCAGUGAUGUCCUGGCUGAGAUUGACCCAAAGCAACUUGUGGAUUUAAGAGAGGAGAUGCCAGAGCAGACAGCCAAACGAAUGUUGAGCCUUCUUGGUAUUCUUAAAUACAAACCUUCAGGGAAUGCCACAGACAUGAGUACUUUUCGUCAGGGUUUGGUGAUUGGAAGUAAACCUGUAAUUUACCCAGUGCUCCACUGGCUUCUUCAGAGGACUAAUGAACUGAAGAAAAGAGCAUAUUUAGCUCGUUUUUUAAUAAAACUUGAGGUACCAAGUGAGUUUCUUCAGGAUGAAACUGUGGCUGACACCAAUAAACAGUAUGAAGAGUUAAUGGAAGCCUUUAAAACUUUGCAUAAAGAAUAUGAGCAGCUCAAAGCAUCUGGAUUUUCUACAGCAGAAAUAAGAAAGGAUAUCAGUGCAAUGGAAGAAGAAAAGGAUCAGCUCAUUAAGAGAGUUGAACAUCUGAAGAAAAGGGUGGAGACAGCUCAGAAUUAUCAAUGGAUGCUUAAAAUAGCAAGGCAACUUCGAGUUGAAAAAGAGAGAGAAGAAUAUCUUGCACAACAGAAACAGGAACAAAAGAAUCAGCUAUUUCAUGCAGUGCAAAGAUUGCAAAGAGUACAAAACCAGCUGAAAAGCAUGCGCCAAGCUGCAGCAGAUGCAAAACCUGAAAGUUUAAUGAAGAGGCUAGAGGAGGAGAUAAAAUUUAAUUUAUAUAUGGUAACUGAAAAAUUUCCUAAAGAAUUAGAAAAUAAGAAAAAGGAAUUACAUAUUUUACAAAAAGUAGUUUCAGAGCCAGCAAUGGGCCAUUCUGAUCUUCUUGAACUUGAAUCUAAAAUAAAUGAAAUAAACACAGAAAUUAACCAGCUGAUUGAAAAGAAAAUGAUGAGAAAUGAGCCCAUUGAAGGCAAUCUCUCACUGUAUAGGCAACAGGCAUCUAUCAUUUCCCAUAAAAAAGAAGCCAAAGCUGAAGAACUUCAGGAGGCCAAGGAGAAGUUAGCCAGCCUAGAGAGAGAAGCAUCAGUAAAGAGAAAUCAGACCCGUGAAUUUGAUGGUACUGAAGUUUUAAAGGGAGAUGAGUUCAAACGAUAUGUCAGUAAACUUCGAAGCAAGAGUACAGUUUUCAAAAAGAAACAUCAGAUAAUAGCUGAACUUAAAGCUGAAUUCGGUCUUUUGCAGAGGACUGAAGAACUUCUUAAGCAACGUCAUGAAAAUAUUCAACAACAAUUGCAAACUAUGGAGGAGAAAAAGGGUAUAUCUGGAUAUAGUUACACCCAGGAAGAGCUAGAAAGAGUAUCUGCACUGAAGAGUGAAGUUGAUGAAAUGAAAGGACGAACAUUGGAUGAUAUGUCUGAAAUGGUGAAAAAACUGAAUUCACUGGUAUCUGAAAAAAAGUCAGCUCUUGCGUCAGUUAUAAAAGAGCUACGACAGUUGCGUCAAAAAUGUCAAGAACUGACCCAGGAGUGUGAUGAAAAGAAAUCCCAGUAUGAUAGCUGUGCAGCAGGCCUCGAAAGCAAUCGGUCCAAAUUAGAACAGGAAGUUAGAAGACUCCGUGAAGAAUGUCUUCAAGAAGAAAGUAGAUACCAUUAUACAAAUUGUAUGAUUAAGAACCUAGAAGUUCAACUUCGUCGUGCUACUGAUGAGAUGAAGGCAUAUAUCUCUUCUGAUCAACAAGAAAAAAGAAAGGCAAUUAGGGAACAGUAUACCAAAAAUAUUGCUGAACAAGAAAACCUUGGAAAGAAACUUCGGGAAAAACAAAAAGUUGUACGAGAAAGUCAUGGUCCAAAUAUGAAACAAGCAAAAAUGUGGCGUGAUUUGGAACAAUUAAUGGAAUGUAAGAAACAGUGCUUUCUGAAACAACAAAGCCAAACUUCCAUUGGUCAGGUAAUUCAGGAGGGAGGAGAGGACCGGCUAAUACUGUGAAUUGUGUCAUCGUUUGGAGUUUUACUUGAUACCACUAGCUAUAAGCCUAAUUUCAUAAUGUAUUUCUUUUUGAAACUGAUUUGUAUAGCGUUUUAUUUUCAGAUUAGCCAUUCUUUAUUAAGUUUUCGUAGAAAAUAAUGUUAAGGUAGAUUUAGUUUUAAUGUUUUUUCAUAUGAAAAAGAGGCUUUUAUUAUUUUCCGUAGUUUAGACAUCACUGGCCUCUUCUGAGUUUUAUGAGACAGGAAACUAAGUUUACUAUCUGUAAAUGUAAACAUAUGUCCAUUAAGAAACACGUAGGUUUUUUUUAGGAUGUAAUAACCCAAUGGCUUACUGUUUAAGUCUUUUUUAAAAAACUUUAGAAGAAUCUUUUAGGAAUUAGUAUCUCUUGUUUUGAAGAAACGUUUAUCUGAAGUUCAGCAGUUCAUACAGUUUCACUUCAGUUUAUUUUUCUUCUGUAAAAUGCAAGAAAAUUUAAUAUUUUGACUAACAUGUUUGUUCUGUUUGUAUAAUUUAAAGGCAAAUAAACUUGGUACAUAUUUUAUGUCUAUUUAAAAAAUGUAAA